AUGCCUCAACUACAAACUUCACUCUCUGUAUCUUUCGUCGUGUUUAAUUCGGCAGUGGUAGCAGCUGCCUCGACUGUUUCCGGUUGUUCAGAGACAAUAAUUGGUGCCAUUUCCACAGUGUGUUCAUCGGAAUUAGUAUCUACUUCCGGUUCAGCUUCAGGCAAAUCAUUGAAGAUGGGCUGCACGGCCACUUUUGCUACUUCCUCUACGUCGUUGAAUUCAAUUGAAUCGUCUGGAGGUGGAGAUGAAAUAUAA